CGUUAAAAUGCAGCUACAACAUUCACCAUGGAUAGCCUGCAAGACCAAGGCGUAGUCGACGACAAAGCUCAACGCUCUUUAUUCAUUCGAGUGCGAAACUUGACACCAUCGAAAAGCAUGAGGUCUCCGUCGCGCAACUUUAUGGAUAGGUGGACCAGCAAACCGCAAUCCCCCACGUCUGAGGUCGAAAAAGGCCCCAAAUCGUCUGGGCUUCAUGGAUUGUUGGACAAGGAUGCAGCGGCACCCGAGCCACUGCCUUCACUCGUGAGCGCUCAAGAGUCUGUGAAUUUGCGUGUAUUUCAGUCUGUGACGUUGUGGCUCAAAGAAAACGGUGUCCUGUACACCCAUUGUUCGUCAUCGUUGACUCCACCCACAAAUCAAACGCGUGUUGGUUUACAUCAAGUGUACGACACUCUGUUCAACUCGAUCGACCAACAAGACAAUCAGCUCACGAACGAACUGCUGGAGCUCAACAGCCACGUUCUACCCCCUGUUGAGGGGGCCGUCCUUUCUUGCAGCAGGACCAAUAUCCAACAGGGCAGCAACAGCACCAACAGCUUGUUUGAUGCGGUUGUGGUAGUAGGGCCCGAUCUCACGGACAUUUUGAUCAGCCACGACUUGGACGCAACGUUUGACCCCGUAGUGUGCCACACGUAUCCGUCGGAUGUCGUAUUUGAAAGCAUCCAGCACUUUUGUUUUCCCAAUGGCGUUCGAUUGGUGUCUGAUGAUGGGCGCCGCCCCACCAUCAACAGUUCCGAGACCGAUUCGGACACGGAAGCAGGAGAUGACGAUGACUACGAUAGCCAAGACGAUAACGACAGCAAACUCGACGACGAGUUUUUCGUUUUUGUGCUCUCUGGUGGCGGCAAAGAAGGUCAGGACGUGCAAUAUGCCUUGUGUCGGCAAACGUGGGUCCGCGUGCCCAACCACAUGCUGUUGAAGCCGCAAGGAGCGACCUAUGUCCCGUUAACGUACUGCCUUCUCGUGAAAAUGCCAUACAUUCCCUUCUUUCGGACCAUUCUGCAUCAUGUCAUGGACAAACACGUUUUGGAACUUGACGAGCACCCUGCCUUGUGGGCAGACUUGAGCACACUCAUGACGCCGUCGCACCAAGCAUGGCUCGACUCAAAAUUGAACGUGCUGGCCACGAUGGACAUGCCCACGAUUCACAAAUCUAUUGGAAGCGAUUUCUUCGACAAAAUCGACUUAUCAGCACUGCAAUUAGAUCGUCCGCGUCGACGCCUCCCCAGUUUGACUUCCACCUCAGCAUCCGACGAUAUACCCCCGGCUUUGCUGCUGGAAUGGUCCCUUCCCAUCGUCCUGACGUCCAUGACCAUGGAUUCCGUGCUCCAAACCAUAGCGGCGUUGCUUUUAGAGAUGAAAGUGCUUGUGGUGUGUGACGACAUCGAGUUGUUAACGGCCACCGUCCUGGGGGUCGUGUCGUUGCUAGCGCCAUUGGUAUGGACGGGCCCGCUCAUUGCCGUGUUGCCGUCGUCCCUGUCGGAGUACUUGGAGGCCCCCGUACCAUUUGUGAUUGGCGUCCAAGCCCUUCCAGUUGGCUACGUGGCGCCGUCAGACACGUUGCAGUUGUUUCCCCAGUCGAAUCGUGUUGUCGCAAACGCUCUGCCUCUACCCGACUCGGACACCUUCAAAGCUGACUUGCUCGCCAUGUCCCUUCGCCGCGAUUCCGCCUACGUUGACCAUAUCAUCGAACGAUUUCGAGCGUACAUGCAAGCGCUCUUGCGAAAGUGCAACGGGCAGAACCCAGGACCUCACGCGUUUUACGACUGCGUCAAGGCCACCCAAUUGUUCAGCUCGUACCAACAACGCAACGAAGACAUCAAGCAAAGUCGCGACGGUGCCAUCCGCCAUUUAAAGUUGGAGCCACGGGCGCCGUUGAUUCCACGCAAGAGCGUCUCGAGUAACCAACACGAAAGUACGACGUUAAUGGUCCACAACCUCUUCCAAGUGGUAUGCCAUGGCGAAGUGCCUGCUUCACUCCACCCACCUCCAGAAGUGCCGCCAACUGCAGCAAUCUCGGCCUUGGCGAAGCUUCGGAUGAUGUGCGCUGGUACGGACAAAGGCGCGUUGGACGACACCCCGUCCCCUCUUGAACUCGUGAGUUCUCGAAAAUCUCAAACCAAGAUAAUCACCAAACAGGUCGCUCCAAAGCGCAAGACAUCUGCCCCGUUGUCCCCUCGGCCGAAACCAGAAACCAUCACGCUGGUCCUUCGGAAAGACCCAUCAGGCGUGUCCGUGGUGAAUCCCAUGACGCAGGAGAUGGGCGUGAAACCACCUCCCUCUCAUUUGAGUGUAUCUCCCUCACUCGUCGUCCCCCCCACAACUCACGCCCCCCUCCUCUCGACAAAGUCUGUGAGAAUUAUUGAGCCCGAGCAAAUCAACUUAGCGUGCAACGUCUCAACUCCUCCAACACUAAGUAAUCCAACGCUUGACGAUGUCGAUUCCAGUGAAUUGCCAGAGCAAGGAGUAGAACACACAACGUCAGCCACGAAGAUUCAGCGGUUGUACCGACAGUGGAGCUUCAAGAAACAUCGCGUCCUCUACUCGCGGUGUAACUCGACUCCGACUCCGCCUGCUUUAAGUGAAAACACCAUGAUAUCCACGCACGAUUUGGCUAGUGUGAUCCAAGCCAAGACGCUCUUCGUAGCAGGAGUUCUCGUGUCCAAGCUGGGUCGACAUGGCACGUGGGGACGGCGCCGCCUGCGAAGUGACUCGACUAUCGAUCACUUGAUGUGGGAAAAGGUCACUGGAAAGCACCGAGUGAGCGGCAACUCGAUGGUUUCAUUUCGCGACAUCACGCUUGUCGAGGCAGGUAUCAAAGGCAGUCAAAGGACCACCGUCAUGGGCUCUUUGUUGUUUGCGAGUACCGAUCACGACGAGAUGGACCUGUGUUGGACAGUGCACACGUCUGACAGUCGCCGCCGCGCCGUGGUGUUCAAGGCCAGCUCGACCGCAGAGCGGCAGCGCGUGAUGGCCGACCUGCAGAGCCUCGUGACGUACACCCUCUUGUCGUCGGGUCAGGUAGUUCUGUCGUCGCACACAAUUGGUGCGACCGAGGGCGAAUUGGUUGUGCUGCGGAAAUUCAAAGACGAGCUACGCGCCGGCAUUUGCAUCCGAAAGCAUGGACGACAAGGCAAACCCCAUGCAAAGUACCUCUCGUGCGACGCCAUGUGCACACAACUCGAGUGGCGCGACCCCCCCACGAGCGGGGGCCGCGGGUGGCUGAAGCGCGCGUCGUCGUUGCAACAUGCCAACAUUGACGACCCCAAGAAUGUGAUUGCGUUCGCCUCCAUCCAACACGUGACCCCCUCAGAAUCCACCAGUCCGCACCGGAGUUUUAUCGGCUCGGCCCAGCACUACCAGCGGAUUUCCAUCGUCAGUUCCGUGCGCACGCUUGUCAUUAGCACCGACCCACCGCAAGACCUCAUGCGAGUGUACCAUGGUCUUAACCUCCUUGUGAGACACCUACGGAUCGACAAGUAGAGCUGGGCGUGUAUCUGUUGUAUAUAUAUUAUACAGGAUAAUGUAUGUGGUUGCAUAAAAAGC